AUGUCGCUGGUCUUGCCGCUGCCCCAAGCGUCGACUGCGCGGUACGCCGUGUCGCGCAGCUCAACCCCCGGAGCAGGACGUAGCGAGCGCGGCGGGAGCCCGACACCGCCCGCCAGCGCCCGCAUACAUUCGCGCCCAGCAACGCCGCCCCUCCCCGCCUCAGCUGCGGUGACGGCGGCACACUUGACCCACCUGUCACAGGCGUUGCACACCAUCUCUGCUCCUCCCACUCCAGUCAACACAACCCACCUCAUGCCCCUGCCCGGCAUGGCUGCGGUGGGCAUGGAGCGCUGCCGCUCGUCCGAGGCCGUGCUCAGUCAUCACCACCACCACUCGCAUGACAUCUUGGCUGCGGCCGUCACCAACGCUGCCAACGCUGCCAACGCUGCCAAUGCGGCCAACGCUGCCAAUGCAGCGGCAGCCAGCUCGGCCAACAAUACCCCUCCGUCGGACGAGCGCCAGGCCCGCGAAACCACCCCGCGCAAACCCCACCCUUUGGCCGGUGUCCCGCCCACACAUGCUCUCGCCCCGCCCCUCGACCUUCCCUCGAGCGCCGAAGUUUCCCCAGUUUCGAGUCCCUUACUCGGAGUCGAUGGGGCCCAGGUUCCUCCACAAGCUCAAAUCGAGCUUGGGAUCGACGAGGAUGCCGAGGACGAGGUCGAGGUCGACGACCGCAUGGACAUUGACGAGGUCGAAGUACCCGUCCCUGAACUGGGUGUCCCGACCUCUGACGACAGUGCCGUCUGGGGUAUGCCAAAGUGGGGUCUCGAGGACGAGCGCCCAGAGGUCCGUCCUGGUGUCCGUCUGGUGGGCAUGGAGGAGCUGCCCACGCUCAUUGAGCGUCACUCGAUGCUUGACACUCCGUCCCAAGUCGUCUUCCCUUGGUUUCACGGCAUCAGUGACGACGGGGCCAAGGGGCGCGAGAUGGGCGCAUUCUUUGGCUAUGGCCCUCCCUUCGAGGCUCCUCCCUACCGGGGUCUCACCGUCGUGCUUGCCCCGCCGCAUCCCAUGGACCAUGCCCCGCUCGCGACCUCGCCAACGACAGGUAUGAGCCCCGUCGCGAUGAACGGCCGCCAGGAGCUGCCCCCGCACACCCAUGUCCAACCCGUCAACCUCGAUGUCCCACGCGACACCCGUGACGACACUGCGUCGUCGUCGUCGGGUUCGUACCAGAGCGGUGCGUCUGCCGGCACCGACGCGACCACUGCCACGAGCCCGACCACCACGGCCGAGUCGCUCGCCCCCGAAACCCCUCCCUCGACCAUCAAGCAUCUCGACGGCUCGGUCGCUGUCCACGAGGUCGACGACGAGGAAGGCUCGGACGCCGACGUCCAGAUGCACCCUUGCGAGUCGAAGCGUGUCGGCACCACCAGCGUCCCCGUCCCCGAGGCCAUCACCGACACUGGCAGCGACUCGGACUCUGACAGCUACGUGUCCGAAGACGAACCUGGGCCGUCGUGUAUCCUCAUGAACGCCGUCCACGCACAGGACGUGUUUGAGCUGCCCAUGCUCCCCAUGCCUGGUCGCCGACCCAGCUAUGCUCGUUCGCCCAACAUGGGCAACGAGAGGCCAAAGGGCCGGUUCCGCGCUGCCCGCCUCCCCAACCAGAUCAACCUGCGCAACCUCCACAUCCAACAGAUAAAGUACGCUACCGUGUCCGACAUUAUCGUCUAUUCCCGCAACGGCGUCAGUCCCGGUGUGCUCGAGAUUGCCGAGGCGAUCGCGGUUGCUCAGGAAGAACUGUACCAGCAGCGCAUGACCGAGCUGUACCAGCACCUCGUCGGCCGUGGCGAGGGCGAGGGCCUCGACCGUCCUGUCAAGUAUGGCGUGUGGGUCCUCGUGGAGCCCUUCUCCAAGGUCGAACGCUUCUGCCCUUCGCUUGUCAACAUUGAUUCAGAGGGAUCGCAGACGUCCAACUCGCGUCUUGUGGACCUGUUUGAACGCGAGGCGUACGAGUCGCGCGCCAUGACGCGUGCCACAGAGGUUGUUGAAGGGUUCUGGGUUGGCAACGACACGGACGUUCCCGGAGGCGCCGAUGACGGUGCAGGCGCCCGCAUCCCGUUUGACCUGUGCGUCAAGGCUUCAGAGGUCUCGGACAUGCCCACCGACGUCACCUUGGUCGUGGCAUACCGCUCCCUCCUCUCGCUGGACCGUGUGCGGUCCCAGUCCGAGCCCGCCUCCUCGUGGUCUGCGUCGCCGGCCACGUUGGCUCUCCGGAAUCUGCUAUCGCCGUCCAGCGUCCCGACGCCAGCGACAGAGCAGCGCUCGGGAGACUUUGGCACGUCGCCCGAUGAGACGCACCUCUAUGCGCAGCAGCAUGCUGCCGAGCACCACUACGUCGCUGUUGAGUGUGCUGGCUCGUGCCGAACCAUCACGGGUCACAUGCGCAACCUGGCGACCAUGACCGACAAGGUCAUCGAGCUCGUCACCUUCCUUCGCAAGAUCAUCGAGGGCCGCGACAAGACCGGUAUCAAGCGCACCGUCCUGCUCCACUGCCAGGACGGCUACACCGAGUCGUCCAUUGUUGUGCUCUCGUACAUCAUGGCCUCGCUCGGCCUCACUUUACCCGAGGCAUACCUCUACCUCCAGCUCGAGGCCAAGCGUUCCUUCUUCCUGUACCCGACCGACAAGCCGCUCCUGCACCGCAUCGAAGCGCGCCUUGCACAGGACCGUCGCGACCGCGCCAUCAAGACCAUGCACGCUGGCCAGUCGUCGCCCCCAUCGGCCCCGGCAUCCCCUGCUUCCCGCUGGAAGCCCUGGGGCUUUAUGCGCGGCGCGGUUGAGGAGAAGCCGUUGCGCGAACAGCCAGAACGCGGUUCGCGGGCCAUUGACGCUGCGCGCCGUAUCCUCGUCGACGAGGGCCGUGGCGGCAGCCAAAUGUCCCAAGACGCACGCGUCUGGUUCGAGGACAAGCGCUUUGACGGGUUCCCAAGCCGUAUCCUGCCGUUCCUCUAUCUCGGCAACCUCGAGCACGCCGGCAACGCGACCAUGCUCAAGGCACUGAACAUUACGCAUGUUGUCUCGGUCGGCGAGAGUCUGCUGGACGGACCCAACGAGCACGACCCCAUGCACGGGUAUGUCGGCGGAAACACGCUCGCCGCUGCCGCCCGCAUGGGCCACAUCCAAGUCCUGGACCUCGCCGACGUCCGCGACGACGGCAACGACCCCCUCCGGCCUGUCAUCGCGCGCGCGUGUGAGUGGAUGGAGCAGGCCAGAGCUUCAGGUGGCAGUGUGCUCGUGCACUGCCGUGUGGGCGUGUCGCGCAGCGCAAGCAUUGUCAUGGCAUAUCUCAUGAAGUACCGCCACAUGGGCCUGAUGGACGCGUACCUCGUCACCCGUGCGCGGCGCCUCAACGUCCUCAUCCAGCCCAACCUGCGUUUCUUCCACGAGCUGUUUGGCUGGGAGGUCGAGCUGGCGCGCGCCGAAGCCGAGCAGCGCGAGCGCCGCCGCCGCGAAGCCCAGCUCCAGGGCGUGCGUGACCCCACGGCGCUGGCGCUCCUGGACCAGGAAACGCCCGUGCGGCGCAUCUUGUAUUCGUGGCCGACGUUCUGUCGCGAUGUGCACUGCCUGAACCGCAGGUUCCUCUGCAACUGA